AUGUAUUUGGUAGCUACAUGUUUUGCAAAGGCAAAUAGUGCAAUAUGUCAGUGCUCUUGCUGCGUUGGUCAAGGUUGCAAACCAAUUGCGAAGCCUCCUGUAUUCAUACCAUCAUGUAAGGAUGGCGCAUGUGGCGUUAAAUGUACAACUACAUUUCCAAAUGAUUGUGUUGUUCCAACAUCGGGUGGUCAAAUACUGCGAAAUGCUACAACAUUGACCGUUAUAUUGAACAUUCCUGUUCGAGUUAAAAAUAUUCGAGCAGGUCGAUCACAAGGUGGAUUACGAGCACAACAUUUAACUAGCAUUCAAUUUUUAGCACAAUUUUCUGAAGCUAAACUUGAGAAUGCAAAUAUUGGUACUACAGAUAUUCAAUUUACACCAAAAACAAUUAAAAGUGGAAAUUUUGUAGGUGAUACAAAAACAGCUGGGAGUAUAUGUUUAAUGAUGCAAACUGCUAUUCCAUGUUUACUUUUUGCUAAUGGACCAUCUGAAUUGAAAUUACUUGGAGGUACAAAUACUGAAUUUGCACCAGAUAUUGAUUAUUAUAAAAUGGUAUUUCAACCAAUAGCCAAACGAUUUAAUUUUAAUUUUGAUUUAAAUAUAAUUCGAAGAGGUUAUUAUCCGAAAGGUGGAGGUAAUGUGAGAAUAAGUAUUAAUCCAAUUGAUCAACUAACAUCUAUUGAUCUCACUGAUUUUGGACAGAUUAAAAGAUUUUUUGGUCGAUCUUUUGUUGCUGGUAAUCUUCCCAAAAACAUUGCUGACGAAAUGGCUGAAGCAGCUAAGAAUCUAAUACAUAAAAACUAUUCAACACAAAUUCCAAUAGACAUUGAAAUUGUUCAAGAACCAAAAAAUAAAGCUAUUGGAACAGCUAGUGGUAUCAUGAUUGGUGCCGAAACAACAACAGGUUGUUUACUUGCAGCAAAUGCAUUAGGUAAACGAGAUAUAUUAGCUUCAAAUGUUGGAAUACAAGCAACAGAAGAAUUACUUAAAGAUUUAUCUCAUGAAGCAUGUGUUGAUCGAUAUUUAGAAGAUCAAUUAAUUCUUCUAAUGGCUCUUGCCAAAGGUAAUUCAAAAAUUCGAUGUGGACCUUUAUCUGACCGUACUAAGACAGCAAUUUAUGUUGUUGAACAUUUAACUAAUGUUAAAUUCAAAGUCACUGAAAUUCCAUCAUCAAAAAGAGACGAUAUAUUACACUUAUCAACAUCACAAGCAUCAACAUCUUUAUUGAAUAUAUCAAAUUCUACAACUAUUAUUGAAUGUGAAGGUUUAGGAUAUCAACGUCAACUUUAG